AUGAUGAGGGAGGUGACGGAGCAACUGGCUGAGAUCCAACAGCAACAGAAGGCCUCUGCGGAAAAUCUGGCGCACCUUGUACAUCAGUAUGAAGGUUGGCAGGCAUCCCUGGACUCCAUCCUUGCACGCAUUGACACUCUGCAGUUGCAGGGUGAGGAGCCAGCACGCAACUUGGAGUAUCCGCAGAUCACGCGAACGCCUCGGCUGCCUAUGUUGUCUGGGGAUCCCGAUAGCGACGCUCGCAUGUCAGACUACGAGGUUGCACCUGCAGAAGUCCGCUUUGAGGAUUCCGGCAAGGUGCAGGAGUCCGCGAGCACAUCAUCCCAGCAGCAGGGUGACGUCCUACAUUCUUUGAUUCAAUCAUCCCAGCAGAAGUCUGAGACAUCCAACAAGCUGAAGCGGCUUGUGGAGCAGGGCCUCAACGAUCACAUGGCAAAGAGCAGCCAGCGGGUGCUGUCUAUGCACGAAAAGAUUGCGAGCAUGGUGAACUCAUCGGCCUUCGAGUAUGCAGCGGGAUUCGUCAUUCUUGCCAACCUGGUCGUGAUUGGGAUAGAGGCACAGCUGUCCAUCGAUAUGGUUCCCAUGGAAUUUCCUCCGCUCUCUUGGCCUUGGUGGUUGGAGCGAAUUUUUCUGCUCAUCUAUUGUUUUGAGAUCAUUCUUCGCAUCGUGGCUGGUGGUCGCAAGAUAUUCCGGGACGUGUGGUUUCUGAUGGACCUGGCACUUGUUUGUGUCGGCUGGAUGGCUCUACUUUUCUUACCCUUGGCAGGUGUGGACGCCUUGGCAGCAGAGAAGCUUCUUAUUGUUCGCGGGCUCCGGCUACUUCGCCUCGUGAGGGCGCUGCGGAUGAUCAAUCACUUCAAGGUGAUUUGGCGACUCGUGUAUGGCCUCCUGACUGCUGGGCAGACAAUUUUUUCGACUACAGCGCUGAUUUUGAUCAGCUUGUUCGUCUGUUCCUGUGUUGCUGUGGAGCUGAUCGGCAAAGACAAUGACCUGCUGGAUGGUCCUGAGACAGGCCCUAUUGUCCGGACGUAUUUCCGGGGGAUCGACAGGGCUCUAAUAACAUUGAUCCAGUUCGUCACCCUGGACUCAGUGGCUGCCAUCUAUUUCCCUUUGAUUUUGGUCAAACCCUGGCUCAGCAUUUUCUUUCUGGGCCUCAUCGUGGUGAUCUCCAUUGGCUUGAUGAAUCUUGUGACAGCAGCGGUUUUAGAGAACGCUAUGCAAGCGGCUGUCCAAGAUGCCGAAGCAGAGAAGAAUGCCAUGAUGGAAACUGUCAAGGACGCCAUUCCGGAGCUAUUGAAGAUCUUCCAGAGCAUCGACAAGGAUGGCAGCGGUAUCCUGACUCACGAUGAGGUUGUGACUGUUGACGUUGAUAUUCUGCCGAAAAAGUUCCUGCAGACGGUGCAUGUGAAUAGCAUGGUCGAGCUCUUCGACUAUCUUGACGUCGACCACACUCGAGAGCUGACGAAAGAGGAGUUCAUUGAAGGCCUCCUUGACCUCUGCCUUCGAGACAUGCCUCUGCACAUGGUGCAAAUGUUGAAGCUGCUCCACAUAAUCCUGACGAUAUCCAAAAAGAUCGACUUAAACAUCGAGGCCCUCCGCGCACAUCAGUCAUUAGGCUGGUCGAACCAGCCAUCUGAUAAACCUCUCAAAGAAGGCCUUUGA